GCGAGGCCUUUGCUCCCAUCAACUUUGGUGGCGUCUAUCUUCCCCUUGAGCGGCUGAGCAGUGAGUGCCACAAGUGGCCGCUUGUACUCACCUAUGACGCCGCACACUUCUCCGCUCUCGUCACCAUGGAUACGGCAAACCGUGACCCGAAGCUUCCCGUCGUCGUGCCGCUGACAGAUAAGAGCUCAGAUCUGCUAACGAUGCACUUUGCCGUCGACGUCGGUGCGGAAUUCUGCUGGAGCGACCUGCAGACAGAAGGAAAGCUCCCGCGUUCAGACCUGACGAAGAAGCAGAAGCUGGACCUGGUACAUAGGUACCUGGACGUAGUCAAGCUUCCCGUGCCGGGGUCUGUCGGCGAGCCGCCUCCCCCGUGUGCGUCCAACGGCGUCGUCGACGGCGACGUCAUCGGCGGUGGCGGCAGCGGCGAGCGCAAGUCGAGCCUCGGCUCGCUGGAGUCAGACGAGGCGCGCAGCACCGUGAGCACGGCGUCGAGCGGGUCGGCCGGGGUCGUCGCCGCGGCGACGGCAGAUGGACGGCGGCCGGCGAACGGCUCGGUGGCGCGGCAGUUCAGCACGUUCGGCCGCUCGCUAAGCAAGAAACUCAAGCACAACUUUAGCUUCAGCAAGAAGCACAAGCCAGGUCGGAUGGCAGACGGUGCGCGAGCGGAUGGCCGGGACGACCGCGCUGCCACCGCCACGCGGACAAAGAAGGCAACCGCAGCGGCGUGCGCGGGGCUGGCCCCCCCGGCGAUAACGGUGGUGCAGCGGGAGGACCGCAGCGGGCAGCCGACGCAAUACAUGCUGUCGGCGCGCAUCUGUACUGACCGACGAUUCGAGUACCAAGAGGAGAUGCUGCGCAACUACCUGAACUCGGCGCGGCGGCGAUACGAGGACGAGCGCCGCGCCAUCGAGCUGCAGCUGCAGCGGCGCGGUGGUGGCAGCAGCGCGGGCGGUAAGCCAGUGCCGUGCGUUAACGCCGGCUGCGCGCUCUACGGUACAAUCACGACCAACUAUCUGUGCAGCAAGUGCUUCGCGCGCCAGAAGGAGCAUGCAGCGACGCUGGACCGCGCGCGCCAGAAGGCGAGCACGCUGCCCAAGUUCCUCGCGGGGAAGUCAAAGUUCUACACGGAGGUCUCAUUCCUCGAGCGAGAGCCGUACAGCGGCGGCGGGGUGGCGAGGGGGGGUGGCGCCCCCGCGGCGGUGGUGGAGAAGGACGGGCAGGGGGGAGACGCAGACGUGCGGCUGCCAACACUGCAGGAGGCUGCUCUCACGACACUCCACUGCGAGCUGAGCGGCGAUAAAAGCAAGCGGCUCGUGGCAGGUGGCGCUGGCGCAAAGGCCAGCUCCCUCCCGCGCUCUGUCGCGCCCCCGCUGCUCUACAGCCUCCCGCCACCAGGUGGCGUCGUCGACGUCGAACAGAUUGUCGUGACCGUGAAAACGGCAGAGCAGGCAACAAAGAUGGGAUGCGCAAUCGCCACCGCAGGGGCGCCACCGGCGAGGAAAUCAGGCUCUCUGAUCGCUGCCGCGGGGGCGCUACCGGUGAUAAAAGUGGGAUCCGUAAUCGCUGCAGCGGCGGCGCCACCAGCGAUGAUGGUGGGAGCAUCGACACCAACGAAAACGGGCUCCGUAAUCGUCACUGCGGGGGCGCCGCCGGCGACAAAGGCGAUAUCGGUGACGGCAACAGCGGGGGCGCCGCCGGCAAUGAAAGCGGAGCUCCGUUACAGACAGCAGAAGCAGGCGUGCAAGACGCGGGGCUGCCACGCCUUCGGCGAGGAGGAGAUGGAGUUCCUCUGCUCGGCGUGCUACCAGGAGAAGGAGCGCUCGCAGUCGCUUACGCCCUACAUCAUCUCACAUCGCAUCUGAGGCAGGAGAGACGCAGUCGUCACAGGAUUACCGCCGCGGCGCAGCCGACAUGCUACACGCCGUCUUCCGACGAUCUACUUUCCCUCAGCUGCCUCUGUGAAGAGAGAGAAGCAUAUACCCACGACUCAUCGCAGUGUUGUGAGCCUCUCUGAGGUUGAAUGGACGGACGCGGGAGAUUAGCGGGUGGUCGUCGUCUGACGGCUUGACGUCGGGAGUUUGGAGUUUAUUCGAUUGUAUUUGCGGUUGCAGUGUUUCGUUUAACUUAUCGAAAUAAUAAUAAUAAUAAAUGGCUUGACCAAAAUGCCUGUAUUCUGCGCUGCUGCUGCUGCUGAUGAUGAUGAUGCUGCCGUAGUUUGCAAGGUUGUUAGAUCUGAUCUCAGGUACAUGGCCCUUAAUAUAUUACUGGUUGUUAUGCCGCAGUGUCUGCUCGUUGACUGUCAACGGUGCUUCUGUUAGCAUAAUUUCCUAAGCAACUAAGGUGACAGAUGCCGGAUUAUGCAUACAUCUGUAGCAAGGUAAUAACUGUGUGAGAUAUAUGCAGAAUUUUGGUGUUUAAUCACAUGAGCUAUCAUGAAACUUCUCAUUAACCUGAGACUAAUGGAGUCAGAUUCAAGAACCUGUAGCUUCCACCCCUUCGGCGGUGGCAAAACUAAAACCCCCUCUUCCCACCCCUUUGGUCACCUGUAGCUCCCACCCCUCUGGUGACCUGUAGCUCCCACCCCUCUGGUGACCUGUAGCCACCACCCCUCUGGUAGCGAAACUAAAACCACCCACCUCACACCCCUCUGGUGGUGUCACCAAAACCACCUGCUCUAUGGCUGUUGUGAAUAAACUGUCCUCAACACAAACUUCACCAUUGUACGACAAGGGACGGUUGUGUGCAAAGAUUUUGUUUUUCUGAACAUGAAAAAGUUUGUUUCUACUGUAUAUUUAUGUGUGUGUGUGUGUGUGUGUGUGUCUGUGCGUGUGCGUGUACACGCGCGUGUGCGUGUACAUGCGCGUGUGCGUGUGCGUGUGUGUAUCGGUCAGUUAAUACCAUUAUGCAGUGUUUACUGAGGGUUAUUCUUUGUACUGGUUCAUGUAUAAAGUUUGAGUGGACAAUACAACAAAUACCAAUAGGGGCUAGUUCUUGUUUGAUGCGUGUCAUUUCAUCUCAUAUAUUAUAAGUUGUAUCCAGUAGGUGGCGGCACGAAACAACGAGAUACUGAGAUGUUUGGUGGAUAUAGGUUUUCAGUUCAUGUAUUGUAUAUCUUUCUUUGUAUGGGUCCCGUCUUGUUGUGCUAAGCAAACUUAGUGAAAGGCAGCAUUUAUUGAUAAAUUAUGUUUUUAUUAUGAAAAGCUUUCUUGGCUUUCGAUUUAAAUAUAUUACAACUGAGUGUAGUUGUUGUCUCUCUUAACCUGUAAUUUUUAUUCGGCAUUAAAAAAUGGUGUCCUUGCA